AUUGCGACUAGCACGAGUGGGCGGUACUUUCACCCCUCACCCCUGAUGACGUCACGCCUUUUACCAACAUGUGUCUGUUUUUCUAGCUAGCUAGCUAGCAGUCGACAUAUUAGAAUUGUGUUCCACGUGAAAUUUGUUUAGAAUAUUAUAAUCAAAAUGCAGAUCUGCAAUGUGUGCAGUGGAGAGACACCCAAAUACCGAUGUCCGGCCUGUAGAAUCAGAUAGUGAGUAUAAUUUCUUCUUGUUUGUACUUCUGCUGCAGAUUUUUAAAAAACAGCUAGCUAGGUACCGCUACUAAAGCUACAUAAUUUAGCUAGCUAGCUACAAAACAUGCAUUAUAUGAUUUGUCUGUCAUGUUCUGUUCCACAUUUUGACCUUUUGUUUUGUUUUUCAGCUGCUCUCUCAGUUGUUACAAGACCCACAAGGCCAAUGGUAAGAACGUUUGUUUUUCCAUUACAUUAGUACCUAUAGUCUUGAAGUGACUAUCAUUCAUAAAUAACCUAUAGAGUAUAGAGCAAUAGCAGAUAACAUGCGUUAUCACAGUUGAGGUAUCAUGUGGAUCAUGACAUGACAGUCUACCAUGAUGUUUUCUUUUCCCAGAUACCUGCCAGCCCCCAAAACAGUCAGUGCCUCCUCCUGCUCAAGACCUAAAUGGAGCUUACGGCAAUGGUAGGUUAUAAUGGUCAAUGUAAUUGCCAAUCUUAUACCUAGAACCUUCUCAUCAAUUCCCAGGAAUGUACUCAGUUUGGUGAGAUGUUCAGAAGUUAAACAUUGCAGACAGAAUUAUGCUUUAUCCGUUGGGACCCUGUUUUCCUCAUUUUCUAUCAGGCAACACAUUUGUUUAUCACGUUUGUUUGACGCUCUGUGUAAAAUACAGCCGUUCGACUAUACACUCUGUCUGGUUCUUUCAGCAGAAGAUCCCUGGACCGUUGAAGAUGUCCUUGAUGAUGAUGACGACCAUACAGAUAAAGUUCCACUUCAGAGGCUACGACUAUUAGGUACUAAAUGCAUUGGGACAUUUCCGUUUGCACUCUGAACUUUUAAACCCCUGUAACUUACUGGGUACAUGAGUCACUUGGCUGCCAUAUUGUCCACUAAUACAUUAUUAAUGGACGAGUUUUACUGUAUGAAAUGUUGUUCUAACGUCUGUGCUGUAAUACCAUUGUUUAUGCUUCUCUACAGGCAAGUCGGAGGAGCUGAGAGCGCUGCUCCGGAACCCCCACCUCUGUCAGCUGAUGCGCUCUGUGGACACGGCCGAGAGCAAAGCAGACGCCAUGAAGACCGCCAUGCAAGAGCCUCUGUUUGUUGAGCUAUCAGAUCAAUGCUUGCAGAUUGUUGAGAAAAACGAUUAAAAUGUACUUGCAGAAUACCCUAUUAUGACCCACACGGAGUCAAUAAUUCAGUUUUUUUUUUUUUUUGUU